UUCAAAUCAUUCAGCUUUUCUCAUAAUUAUUCAGUUCUCUCUUAAACAUCCUUCUUCUUUCACUUGAUAUUUUUCCCGUCAAUUCAACAAGUCCAUGGCCUCUUCAAAGGUUGAAGUUGAAUCACCAGCCACUGAAGAUAUAGAAGAAAGUUUUGAGGUCCCUUCAACCGUGGAAGAAAAAGUAGCCACGCCUACUGAAGAAGCAGAAGUAGUUGUCCAUGAAGACGAUGAAGAAGAAGAAGAAGUGGAGACCCCUUUGAAGGAGGAAAAUGAAGAAAAAGAAGUCGCAGCAUCUCUGGUGGAAAAUGAAGAGGAUGAAGCUGAUGCUACUUUUGAUGAUGAUGAAGCUGAAGCUCAAAAACUUGAGGAUUACUAGUCUUUGUUUAAUAUUUAUGUUAAGGCAUGCUGAACUACAUAUGUAUUUCACUUCUAUGCAAGCUUUUGAGUGUCUGAUUUCCUGAACAAAUAAUAACAUUUUAAUUACAUUUUU